GAAGCGAACGGGAUCCAAACUUCCGGUGCCUGCAGCGCACCGAGCGGCGGUUGCACAGAUUGAGGCUGCACAGGCGGAGGCUGCAGGGCGGACGCGCGGGCCGGCGCAGCCAUGGUGAAGAUCAGCUUCCAGCCCGCCGUGGCCGGCAUCAAGGGCGACAAGGCGGAUAAGGCUUCGGCAUCGGCGUCGGCGUCGGCGUCGGCCCCGGCCCCGGCGCCGGCGCCGGCUCCGGCCGCUGAGAUCCUGCUGACGCCGGCUAGGGAGGAGCGGCCCCCCUACCACCGCUCCAAGAAGGGGGGCUCGUUGGGCGUGUGCUACCUGUCCAUGGGCACAGUCGUGCUGCUCAUGGGCCUCGUCUUCGCCUCUGUCUACAUCUACAGAUACUUCUUCCUUGCUCAGCUGGCCCGAGAUAACUUCUUCCACUGUGGCGUGCUCUACGAGGACUCGCUGUCCUCCCAGGUCCGGACUCGGAUGGAGCUGGAGGAGGAUGUGAAAAUCUACCUCGAAGAGAACUACGAGCGCAUCAAUGUUCCCGUGCCCCAGUUUGGUGGUGGGGACCCUGCAGACAUCAUCCACGACUUCCAGCGGGGUCUCACCGCCUACCACGACAUCUCCCUGGACAAGUGCUACGUCAUCGAGCUCAACACCACCAUCGUGCUACCCCCUCGCAACUUCUGGGAGCUCCUCAUGAAUGUGAAGAGAGGGACCUACCUCCCGCAGACGUACAUCAUGCAGGAGGAGAUGGUGGUGACCGAGCACGUCAGUGACAAGGAGGCCCUGGGCUCCUUCAUCUAUCACCUGUGCAAUGGGAAGGACACAUACCGGCUGCGGCGCCGAGCUACCCGGAGGAGGAUCAACAAGCGCGGGGCCAAGAACUGCAACGCCAUCCGCCACUUCGAGAACACCUUCGUGGUGGAGACCCUCAUCUGCGGGGUGGUGUGAGGCCCCUCCUCCUCCAGGCCUGCCCCUGCCCUCUUCUUUCUCCUUCCGGCCACUCUCUGGCCCUUCUCUCUCUCUCCCUUGCUUAGCUUGUUCUUUGGACACCUUUCCAUAGAUGUGACAUGUCCACCCUUCCUUUCCAGCCCUGCCGGACACUGGUACCAGGGCCGUGACCUCUCAAGGCCCCCGCCUCUGCUGACCUCCCAGGGGUGGGGGAGGAAGGGACACCCAAGAUGGUUUCUGUGACCCACCGUCUUGAAGUUGGGUCCCCAGUGGCUGGGCCAAGGGGAAGGACCUGAGGGAGGGGCCGGGCAGGGUGGGAAUUGAGGUUCUGAAACACCGGCCCAGUUGGGAAAGUCCUCAAAGACCUUUUCCCAGGGUACAACUUCCUCUGCUGAUUCCCAGCCCUGGGGUGUAGGCUGAGGAGUGGGGAUGUGCCCAGGGACGGACCCCACCAGAGCACAAGGGAAGGUGGCUGUCCUGGGGACUCCUCAGGACUCCUGUCAGUGCCUUUGCCCACCAGCAGGAGCCUGGAGCGUGGGGGUGGGACGAGUCUGUCAAGCACAACUGUUCUCUGAGUGGAACCAAAGAAGUGAGGAGCCAGGGCCCCCAGCCUGGCACCUGGGAGCACAUGCCGGGUCCCACGGCCAGGCCGGAAUAGCGGGGCAUAGCGCAGGGGGUCCCUUGUCCGUGAGCUGCUGGCUCCGGGAGUUGGGGGAGCUCUUGCUUUCUCCAAGCCCAGCCUUGUAGAGAUGAGGGGGAGGGAGAGCCACCUGGUACUUGUGCACCCUGCCCCCUGUUCUGAAUCCACCCCUCUGCUGGAGGGCAUGCAGUGUGUUUCCUUAUCCUUCUCACUUUUGCAUGUUUUUACUGACGUUCUAUAUGCUACCGUCCCCAGUCCUGAGCCUUGGAGAGGCUUCGGCGCCUCAGUCAGACUCAGGUGCUCUGGAGAUGAAACUCUUAAAUGCUUUGUAUAUUUUCUCUAUUAGAUCUCUUUUCAGAAGUGUCUGUAGAAAAUAAAAAUCUUUUACUUCUGACUGA